AUGACGAUGAUAUCGUUGAUCAUAGACGGCAAGGAUGUCACUAGUGACAAUUACUUUCACAUACAUAAUCCCUCAAGUGGCAAAUUGGUUAUUCCGUGUACUAGUGCCGGUGUUGAAGAAGCUACUCAAGCAGUGGAAGCUGCAAAGGCCGCCUUCCUAGCAUGGUCAAACACAAAGCCUUGUGAUCGACGGGAUAUUCUGCUCCAAGCAGCCGAAAUCAUGCUUUCCCGAAAGGAGGAACUGAUUCGCUAUCAGAUGGACGAUGCCGGGGCUGGAAGAUUGUUUGCCGAAAAGAAUCUCUUGCUCGCGGUCAAGUUUAUCAAAGACUUUGCAGGCAAGAUCACUUCCAUUGAAGGGGUUGUACCCCCUACGGCGUAUAAGGGCUUGCCAAUCUUGGACCAAGAGAAGAACGCACCCUACAUCCUCGGUACCCGAUCUAUCCUUCUGCCUUUGGGUGCUGGAAACACUACAAUUCUGAAGGGCUCGGAGCUUGCCCCUCGAUGCUUCUGGGCAAUUGGAGAUGUGUUUCGCCAAGCUGGGCUCCCAGCCGGCUGUUUGAACGUGCUUUAUCAUCGGACCUCGGACGCAGCUGAGGUAACCCAUGCACUUAUUGCGCAUCCUGCGGUACGGAAGAUUACCUUUACUGGUAGUACUUUAGUGGACUCUAUUAUUGCCGCUACUGCUGGAAAAUAUACAAAGCCGGUACUGCUGGAACUGGGGGGUAAGGCAUCGGCAAUUGUUCUCAAUGAUGCCAAUCUUGAGACUGCCGUUGCAGGUAUCAAAAUGGGGGCGUUCCUUAAUUCAGGUCAAAUCUGCAUGUCCACCGAACGGAUUGUGGUUCAGCGUGCUGUUGUCGAGGAUUUCCGCAAAGUCCUUUUCAAGUGUCGCGAGAUCGAUUACGGAAAGGACUCGGUCCCUCUUGUGCUGGCACAAGAAGCCGCAGCCGAGAAGAACCGCAGACUCGUUCAGACGCCAUCUCCAAAGGAGCGAACAUCUUUUUCGGAGGGAGGUGGUGCCACGAUGAAGCCCCUGGUAGUUGAGGGUGUGACAAAGGAUAUGGAUCUUUAUUGGACAGAGUCGUUUGGUCCGACAGUCUCUUUAAUCGUCGUGGAUACGGAGGAGGAGGCAAUCGAAGUCGCUAACGAUACCGAGUACGGUCUCACUUCGGCGAUUUUCACUCGUGAUCUGCUUCGUGGCAUUCAAGUUGGGAGGCGUAUUGAAAGCGGUAUUUACUUAUGGUGUGGUAGUGCCGUGCAUAUCAACACUCUUACGGUUCGUGAUGAGCCGGUCUAUCCUCACGGUGGCUGGAAGAGCAGCGGAUUUGGCCGAUUCGGAGGAAAUUCGGCUUAUGACGAGUUUUUGCAAUUCAAAACUAUCACUUGGUCGGAGAAGAGGUGA